GAUGUGGGUCAACUUCUUGUGGCGCGCGGCGCUGUCCCCCGGCCGCCGUGCUCACUCAGCGCUGGCUCAGCUGCGCUGCGUCCUGGACCGCGAGCUGGAAGGGAUCCGCGGAGCCGGCACCUGGAAGAGUGAGCGGGUGAUCACGUCCCGCCAGGGACCGUGUAUCCGCGUGGAAGGCAUCUCCGGAGGAAUCCUCAACUUCUGUGCCAAUAACUACCUGGGCCUGAGCAGCCACCCUGAGGUGAUCCAGGCAGGUCUGCAGGCUCUGGAGGAGUUUGGAGCUGGCCUCAGUUCUACUCGCUUUAUAUGUGGGACCCAGAGCAUCCAUAAGAAUCUAGAAGCCAAGAUAGCCCGCUUCCACCAGCGCGAGGACGCCAUCCUCUAUCCCAGCUGUUUUGAUGCCAACACUGGCCUAUUUGAGGCUCUGCUGACCCCAGAGGAUGCAGUUCUGUCAGAUGAGCUGAACCACGCUUCCGUCAUCGACGGCAUCCGACUGUGCAAGGCCCACAAGUACCGUUACCGCCACCUGGACAUGGCUGACUUGGAAGCUAAGCUGAAGGAGGCUCAGAAGCACAGGCUGCGCCUGGUGGCCACGGAUGGAGCCUUCUCCAUGGAUGGUGAUGUCGCUCCCCUACAGGAGAUCUGCCGCCUUGCUGCUCAAUAUGGUGCCCUGGUCUUUGUGGAUGAAUGCCACGCCACUGGCUUUCUUGGGCCCACUGGAAGAGGCACAGAUGAGCUGCUAGGUGUGAUGGACCAGGUCACCAUCAUCAACUCCACUCUGGGGAAGGCGCUGGGUGGAGCAUCAGGAGGCUACACCACGGGGCCUGAGCCGCUGAUCUCCCUGAUGCGGCAGCGUUCUAGGCCCUACCUCUUCUCCAACAGCCUGCCCCCUGCUGUUGUUGGCUGUGCUUCUAAGGCCCUGGACCUGCUCAUGGAGAGUAAUACCAUCGUUCAGUCCAUGGCCGCCAAGACCCGGCGGUUCCGAAGUAAGAUGGAAGCCGCCGGCUUCACUAUCUCAGGAGCUGAUCACCCCAUCUGUCCUGUGAUGCUUGGUGAUGCCCGGCUGUCCUCUCAAAUGGCUGAGGACAUGCUAAAGAAAGGUAUCUUUGUCAUUGGAUUUAGCUACCCUGUGGUCCCGAAGGGCAAGGCCCGGAUCCGGGUGCAGAUCUCAGCCGUACACAGUGAGGAAGACAUCGACCGCUGUGUGGAGGCCUUUGUGGAGGUGGGGAAGCUGCACGGAGCUCUGCCCUAGGCUCAGACCAGAGGCUCUGACUCAACCCAGAGUUCUAGAGCCUGGUUAAAAAUGGGCCUGUAGGGGUUGGGGAUUUAGCUCAGUGGUAGAGCGCUUGCCUAGGAAGCGCAAGGCCCUGGGUUCGGUCCCCAGCUCCGAAAAAAAGAACCAAAAAAAAAAAAAAAAAAAAAAGGCCUGUACCUGUGGUUAGAGAGACAACAAUGUGGAAAUUGACUUUGA